AUGCAAGGAAUAUGCAAUGAAGAACGACUGCAAGGUGAAUCAGCAGAUCGAGUUUUUAAAAAUAUUUGGAAAUCUGAAGGUUUUAAAGGUGUGUAUCGAGGACUGGGAUGUACAAUAGUCAGAGAGUUUAUAGGGUGUUCAGUUUUCUUCGGUGUGUACGAACGAGCACGUGAACUAUUAAAACCAGUCGCUAAACGAAAAGAAGACUGUGGUGCUAUAGCUACAAUGGUAGCGGGAUCUUUAGCCGGGAUAUGCACAUCGUUGAUCGUAUACCCAAUAGAUGUCAUAAAGUCCCGUGUGCAAAUGACAGUAAAAGAGAGUGAAUUUCAGAUGUUUCGAAAUGUCAUUCUAAGUAAUAGUUCACGGGAAUUGUACUCUGGUCUAUUGCCAACAAUGGUGAAAACCGUACCAGUCACCGGGGUUUUGCUGCUCACCGUGGAGUUUUCAAAACCAUUUUACCGAAAAUAUUUAUCGGAAAUGUCGAGUUUCCAAUCAGAUGUUUCCUAUGAACAGUUUUUAUCAGUUUGUGAUUUUUUAUCUGGAUGGACAGCUGGUAUUGUUUCUACAUUAAUUGGACAUCCAAUAGACACCGUAAAAGUAGUACAACAAGUGACUAAUAAUAAUGUAAAAACAACCAUUAAAGAUAUUUAUAUUCAAGAUAAGUUCAAAGGAUAUUUUAGAGGAAUGAUGUUUCCAAUUUUAAGCGUGGGUGUUGCGAAUUCGGUAUUUUUUAGAACUUAUGGUAACGUUAUGAGAUUAAUCCAAGUACAACGUGAUGACAAUCAAACAAAUAAGAAUAUUAAUGUCAGGUUUUGCAGCGAUGCUGAAAAUUUGCACAAGUAUUGGCAUUUGGAUGUAUUUAUAUCAGGCUGUAUUGCUGGUUUUUCUUAUGCGUUGAUAAACACACCAAUUGAAGUUAUCAAAACAUUGUUACAAGCAAGAAAUAUAACUUUAAAGCAAGAAAAUAUGAAAAAUUCAAAAAAAAGUGAUCCAUCAAAAACAACCAGUGCAUUUAAAUUAAUGAUAGAACUUUAUAAAGUCAAGGGUAUACGUUCACUAUAUCGAGGAGGAAUAUUAUUGUUUAUUAGAGAUGUUCAAAGUAUGGGAAUUUAUGUGCUCUCAUAUGAACAUUUAUGUAGCAUUAUGAUGCAAUUAUCGUAUUCUGAAACCAAAAUUGAGUCGAUGCCAAUACAUGUGCAAAUUAUGUCUGGAGGCGUAGCAGGCUUACUAAGUUGGAUUUUGGUGUUGCCAUUUGAUGUGAUCAAAUCUAAAAUCAUUACGGACAGCCUCAAGCAGCCGGUAUACAAGAGUGCGUGGGACUGUGCAAAAAAGACGUACAAUAAUGGUGGCGGAAUAAGUUUUUUCCGAGGAUUUUGGUCACUUUGCUUACGGGCCUUUCCCGUUAAUGGGAUAGCGUUUGUCACUUAUGAGACGAUGAUUAACAAUUGCAGUAAUGGAAAAACAGACCAACUCAUGAAGACUACUGUUGAAUCUAAGUGGAUGUGA